AUGAAUUACAUUAACAAUCAAUAUCAACUAAUAAAGAAAUUAUCAGCGGGUAGUUAUGGAAUAGUGUAUGAAGGUGAGAACAUUCCGAAUAAAACUACUGUAGCUAUAAAAAUAGAGAAAAAGGAUAAACCUUAAACUUUAGAAAGGGAAGUGUUGGCCUUAUCUAGAUUGCAAUAAAUUACAGGAAUUCCUUAAGUAUAUUGGAAUGGAUCUCAUAAUGGACAAAACAUUGUAGUUAUGCAAUUGUUAUCAAAAGAUCUUGGAUAUUAUUUAAAGGAACAUCGAAAAUUCAGUCUAAAAACUGUGUUAAUGAUUGCAGAUUAAUUAAUAUAAAUUUUAAGGAAUAUUCAUUCAAAAUCAAUUUUACAUAGAGAUUUAAAACCAGAAAACUUGAUGUAUCACUAAAGAUAAAUUUACAUAGUAGAUUUUGGUAUUAGCAAGAUAUAUAGAGAUAGUAAUUUAAAGCAUAUGUAAAAAUAUCAUAAAGAUAAAUAAAUAGACCAUUUAGAGAUGGAAGACCUUUUGUAGGAACUACUAGAUAUGCUCCUAUUGCUGCUCAUAAAGGUCAUGAAUUAAGUAGAAAAGAUGAUCUUGAAACUUUAAUAUACAUUCUAGUUUUAUUUCUAAAAGGGUAUAAAGUAAUUGUUAAUAUAGAUUAAAGAGUUCUGCCAUGGCAAAAUUAGAUUUCUUAAAAUAAUAAAGAGAGAUAAAAAUUAAUUGGUGAAAAAAAGACUAAAUUAAGUUCUACUGAAAUUUGUUAGGAUUUACCUAUCGAAUUCUAAAAAGCUUUAGAGUAAUAUUAUUUAAAUUAUUAAAUAAGUCAUAUUAAAAGUCUAGGUUUCUCAGUCGAACCUGAUUAUGAUUAUUUAAUAAAUUUGUUUAGGAAAUUAGGUUAAAGACAUGGAUAUGAUUAUGAUAAUUUAUUUGAUUGGUGCAAAGAGGAAGAAAUAAUUGCUUAAACUAAGAUUAUGCAAUAAAGUGAGAAGAUGUAACCUCUCUCACUUAAAUGGUAUUUAUUAAUUCAUUACUAAAUUAGUUAAUCUUUAUAAAUCCCUUCCACUUUAGAAUGUUUAGAUAAAAAACAAUCAUCUGUUACUAAUAUUUUAUAAAAUCCUAUGUAAAUUUCUUAAAGUGCUGUUAUCAUGGAGAUUAAUUCAGAAGCUAGUCUUUCUGAUGAUAGUACUAACUACCUCUAUAAUAAUUAUUAGUAAUUAGAAAACUUUUCAAACAAGUAUAAAAACCAUCUCUUGAUUAUGAAAUAAAAAUGA